CUUGAUUCAUUUUUGCUUUGUUCUCUCGAUUUCAACCCCUUGGUUGCAUCGGUUCAGCGUUUGCAUUCCUGAUCUGCUUGUCGACUUUGAACUCCGGCACCUAUCCAAGCGCUGAAACACCCGAAAGGGAGAGAUUGAAUGAUGAAAUAUGGUCUCACCGCCGCCACGAAACGAGCAAGUAGUCAAGACUAAAGUAAUCGAUGCCUCGUAUCGGACAUUUUUCUCCCUGUCCUCCCCUGUCGCCAAUGCAAUCACGGGUGGUCCGCGCCUUGUUUUAUUGUCCAUGCCAACGCCCAAUGUCCGUUCAAAACCAAUGUUCAGUCCAUUCCAUCCAUCAAUAACAAGGGCUGGCGCCGCCAUGCAUGCUUUACCUCAACAAGUGACCGACCGCAUGCGGCGAUGCCCCGUCGACACAUCACACAUUCCAAACAGCCCCCAACAUGGUGGCAGUCGAACAAAGUCGCUUAUGACUAACUGUGUGAGCGACACCCCGGCAACUCGACCGAUUGGAAAAAUUUCCUUUUCAGCUGGUUCCUACCUAUCGGUAAAUACCUAGGUCCAGACUUGUUCAGCGCAAUCCACUCCUAGCUCCUGAUUAAAAGCAACCAACCAACCAAGCCUUUGACCAGGUAUAACAGCUAGUCUACUGCUGGAUACCAGGGUACGGCAUGGCCAACCAGGAAGACGGGGGCAAUGCCGUCUUCUUCAGCUCCAACAAAUAUCAGCUUGAUCAGACCAAUGUCACCUUGCUGACGAGUGAGCCGCAACCACCCACCCGUCAGCAUCACUCGCGUCUGCGACAAAUGAGGAGCCGUCUCUCGUGGCACGGGAACUUUUUCACCCCGGCAGUCACUUUGCCAUUGCCGCCGCUCCCCGAUGAUCGGCAAUAUCCCGCUCAAGACGCACGUCCUGGUGUUUCCAGUGGGGGAAAAUUGCAGCAAGAAAACCAAGCGACGACCCGGCUGGAUGGUUCCUACUCUUCUCCUUCCGUCACCAGCAAACCAAAACUAAGGAUUGACACCAAUUUUUCCGCAAAACAAUCGCAGAGACCUCAAUCCAAAACUGUGACCGGUCACCAAGCUGAAGUCGCUGACACCCAGCCAUCAAUUUCUGCCAAGCCGGGGAUUUUUGGUUUGCGACGCUUGCUUCGACGUUCCAGACAGGCACCCAUGCCAAGGUUUCCCACCACAUCCACGGCUGGAGAAGAAUAUAUUGUACUCGACGACUGCGUCCAAGAGGAAACCGAAAUAACUCAAGUUUCGCAGCCAGGCCCAGUCCAUCGCCUUGGAACCAUGCAGCACCAUCAACCUCUGGUCGGAAAUUGGGACACUUCCACGUCGAUGCAUCCUCCAAAUCCGCCCCCACCACUGAGGAAGAAGUCGAGUAUGAUAGAUCGCUUGAGGGUUCUCCGCCCCCGGCCAUCUUCUCAAGCACUGGACUCUCAGAGCAUUGAGCAUUCAACUGUAAACGUUGCGCCAUAUGUUCCAAAACAUGCCGCAUCGGACUUUUCACGCAUUCGUGUAAACCCACGGAGUCGCGAAAGCACAACGCUGGGUGGAUCACUUAGCAGUAGAAGCGCAAGAGAGGCUGAUGGUAGACAGGCGCUACUGGCAGACGGCCCAGCACAGCUCUGGUCCAUCGCCGACCAGACCAUUGAGGAUGAACCAGCGAAGGUUUUUCCACGGAGGAAUACUGUCUAUCCGCGUGAUCAACCUGACAAAAAUACACCAUGCCCAAGCGAACAACAACAAACUCGCCCAUGCACUCCAGAUUUACAAAUCAGGUCAGGUGACUCGCCGAGCCCAGCUUCUACCGAGUACUCGUUGUGUCGAUAUGAUUCGGGCAUCGUGUCGCCGCUCUCAGCCGCGUCGCCAGAAGACUCGCAGCGAUACACAACGAUCGACGACGCCGUGCUUUCCUCCCCAUUGUCGCCCGGGCCAAAACGCACCCCUGCGGAUGAAACAAAAGCAUCGAAAACCCAGCCAACCACCCUCAUGGAGACACCCAGCAAGCAGUCCCGCGCCAUAAUAUCGACUCCCACCACCAGCCCAGAUGAGAAAGUCUCCAGUGACUAUCAGAUCUUUCUAGAGCACGCUGCGCAGAAGCACCGGCGACAGCAUGAGCAAAUGUGGCACAAGCUGGCCACUCCGGACGGACAAGUCGUGUAUACGACCAACACGGCACUCAACGAGGACGAGCCCAGAUGGAAACGGUCUGCGGCAGCUCAGCCUACUACCCAAGUCGAGCAGCCGCAGCGCUACAGCGGAGGUGGCAGCAGCAAUAACGUGUUUGGACAAAAGGACAAGGCAUUGGAGAACAGACGUGGUGGCCGUGGUCUGGGCAGGCGGAUCUCCCAGUACCUACGGCCGACGAGGGAGAGCAAUGUCUGGGACGAGAAGGUGCUGAGGCUCAGCAGUAGAGAUGUAUGAUGUUUGACGAAGCAUGUCGGAUAUGAAAGCGAUAGAGGUGAGAGUUUAAUGUCGUCAUCGUUACAGCUAAACAAGGCCUGGCGGUUUGUAUAGAAACACACGGUUAGACAGGAGAAGGGAUACAAACAAAAAGUAGGACUUAAUUCUAAUAUCAAUCUUAUAUUAUGGCGUUGUAAACAGA